CUGGACUCUGAUCUCAGCCGCUGCGGAUGGCGGCCUCGGACCCUUGCUCCUCAGUGCGGUCACAUCGCUGAGCUUUUUGUGUGUUUCAGUAAAAAGCGUGUGUGUGUGCCUGUCUGUCUCUGUCCCGGACUCCACAUCCUGCAACCUUGUGAACCUGGCUCAUUACCUGGGCUAUUGCGCUGGACAGCAGCUGUGUGAGCAAAGUGGCAAUGGAAUGAAGAGGAAGAAGCCAGUGACCAGGAGUUCUCCAGUUUCGUAGCCAGGGUCUUCCUGUUAAAGGGUGAAGAUCUGGAACACUGACUCAGCAGACACCCAGAGGAAACAGAAAGCAUGGAGCAUCAUUCAUCAUCACAAAAGCAAUCAGAGAUCAUUUAUUAUUUUUACGUCAAUACAUCUGGUACAGCCCUGCACCUUUUGUGCUCCCUGAUGGAUUGGUUCGCUUGGUUAAUAAACAGAUAAACUGGCAUUUAGUACUUGCAAGCAAUGGAAAACUUUUGGCUGCUGUUCAGGACCAGUGUGUGGAGAUCAGUUCCAAAAGACCCCAAACCCCAGUGGAGACAGAUAGCAUGGAGUUAUGAUUGCACACUGCUGGCCUAUGCUGAAAGCACAGGAACUGUGAGGGUGUUUGAUCUCACGGGAAGUGAGCUCUUCGUCAUUUCCCCGGCAUCUAGUUUUGCGGGUGAUUUGAGCUAUGCCAUUGCUGGGUUGAUAUUUUUAGAAUACAAAGCAAGUGCACAGUGGUCUGCAGAACUCCUGGUCAUCAGUUACCGAGGAGAACUUAGAAGUUACCUUGUCAGUGUUGGAACAAAUCAGAGCUACCAAGAGAGUCAUAGUUUCAACUUCAGUUGUCAUUAUCCUCAUGGAAUAAAUACUGCUAUUUACCACCCUGGUCAUAGACUUUUACUGGUUGGUGGAUGUGAAGUUGCUGAAGUAGGCAUUUCUAAAGCUGCCAGCUGUGGUCUUUCUGCAUGGAGAGUUCUUUCAGGAUCACCUUAUUAUAAACUGGUUACUAAUGGUGGUGACAGGGUUACUGUGGUGCCAAAGACAUUAGGAUUAUUAAGAAUGUUAAAUGUCAAGUUUUAUACUCGUCAGGGACAAGAACAGGAUGGAAUCUUUAAGAUGAGCCUUUCUCCAGAUGGAAGCCUCCUUGCGGCCAUUCACUUCUCAGGGAAGCUGAGCAUCUGGGCCAUUCCAUCUUUGAAGCAACAAGGGGCUUGGGAUCAAAAUGAGCAGCCUGGCUACGAUGAACUUAAUCCUGAUUGGAGGCUUUCUCCUGAGAAGAGAAAGAAAAUAAAAGAUAAGGAGUCCUUUUACCCACUGAUAGAUGUGAAUUGGUGGGCAGAUGGUGCGGUGACUUUGGCUCGAUGCUCUGGUGCUUUAACUGUUUCAUCAGUGAAGACCUUGAAAAAUCUACUGGGAAAAUCCUGUGAAUGGUUUGAGCCAUCGCCUCAAGUUACUGCUACUCAUGAUGGAGGAUUUUUAAGUUUGGAGUGUGAGACUAAAUUGGCCCCCAAACGAUCUCGUUUGGAGUUGAGGGCUGGAGAAGAGGAUGAAGGAGAUGAUGAUUCUGACUCUGAUCAUGAAACUUCUGCCAAGGCUCGCUACUUUGGUUACAUCAAACAGGGCCUUUACUUAGUGACUGAGAUGGAGCGAUUUGCACCUCCACGGAAGCGGCCACGGACUGUCACUAAAAACUACCGCCUUGUGAGUUUGCGUUCCACGACUCCAGAGGAGCUUUUUCAGAGAAAGAUUGAGAGUGAAGAAUAUGAGGAAGCCUUGUCUUUGGCUCACACUUAUGGCCUGGAUACUGACCUUGUCUAUCAGAGGCAGUGGAGAAAGUCAGCUGUCAACAUUGCUUCAAUUCAGAAUUACUUGAGUAAAAUAAAGAAGCGAUCCUGGGUUCUCCAUGAGUGCCUGGAGAGAGUUCCUGAAAAUGUGGAUGCUGCAAAAGAACUGCUCCAGUAUGGAUUGAAAGGCACAGACCUGGAGGCUCUUGUUGCCUUAGGGAACAGAGAUGAUGAUGGCAGAUUUACAUUACCUGGUGAGGUAGACAUUGACAAUAUUGCCUAUGAAGAGCUUUCCCCACACAUUGAAGAGCCUGCUAAGAACAAAAAGGAAAAAGUGCUUAAGAGGAGACAAGAGCUACUUAAAUUAGUGAACUUUUCCGAGUUGACCCUGGAACAAAAGGAACUCUGCCGUUGUAGAAUAAAAUUAUUAACUUACUUAGAUCGACUUGCAACAUAUGAGGAGAUCCUAGGGGUGCCUCAUGCAUCUGAGCAGAGAUAUGAUGCUGAAUUUUUCAAGAAGUUUAGAAGCCAGAAUAUUGUUCUCUCAGCAAGAACUUAUGCUCGGGAAAGUAAUGUACAGGCACUGGAAAUUCUGUUCACUUAUCAUGGCUCUGACCUUCUUCCUCAUCGUCUUGCCAUUCUCUCCAACUUUCCAGAAACUACUUCUCCACAUGAAUAUUCUGUUUUGCUUCCUGAAGCUUGUUGUAGUGGUGACUCCUUGAGGAUCAUUCCUUGGGCUGAACAUAAACACCGAGCUAAAGAUUGGUGUGAGGAGUUGGAAUGCAGAAUGGUUGUAGAGCCAAGUCUUCAAGAUGAAAGUGAGUUCUUGUAUGCCUCUCAGCCUGAGUUACUAUCAUUCAGGGCACCCCAACUGCCACUGGAGAAAGUUAUGGAGUGGUAUCAGAGCAGAGCAGAGGAGAUAGAGCAUAAUUCUGGGCAGGUUGACUGUGCAUUGUCACUGGCUCGCCUUGGGAUGGAACGGCAUAUUCCUGGCUUGGUGGCUCUCUGUGAUGACUUGGUGACUCUGGAAACACUGGUCUAUGAAGCUGGUUGUGAUGUGACCCUCACUUUGAAAGAGCUUCAGCAGAUGAAAGACAUUGAAAAACUGAAAUUGCUGAUGAAUAGUUGUUCUGAGGAAAACUAUGUGACCAGUGCCUACCAAUGGAUGGUUCCCUUUCUUCAUCGUUGUGAGAAACAGUCUCCUGGUGUGGCUAAUGAACUACUUAAGGAAUAUUUAGUAACUUUGGCUAAGGAGAACCUAAAGUUUCCUCUGAAGAUAUUUCAGCAUUCCAAACCAGAUCUGCAGCAAAAAAUUAUUCCUGAUCAGGACCAGUUAAUGGCAAUAGCACUAGAGUGCAUCUAUAACUGUGAGCGGAAUGACCAGCUCUCUCUCUGCUAUGAAAUCUUAGAAUGUCUGCCACAAAGGGGAUAUGGUCAUAAGACAAAGUUAACAGCAUCUCUUCAUGACAUGGUAGACCAACUGGAGCAGAUUCUCAGUGUGUCAGAGCUUUUAGAAAAACAUGGACUUGAGAAACCGGUUUCAUUUGUUAAGAGCACUCAGUCUAGCCCAGAAGAGGCACGAGGGCUGAUGGUGAGACUGACCCGGCAUACUGCCCGGAAGCAGCCUCCAGCUAGCGAGUCUCAUUGGAGAGCUUUGCUGCAGGACAUGCUGACUAUGCAGCAAAAUGUAUACUCAUGUCUAGAGUCCAAUGCGUGCUAUGAGUUAUUUGCAGAAAGCCUUCUGUGCUCCAGUCGCCUUGAAAACAUCCACUUGGCAGGGCAGAUGAUGCACUGCAGUAUGUGUUGGAUAAAUCCUUCAGCUAUUGCAGCCCAGAAAGGAAAAGCCCAGUACAGGGUCAGCUAUGAUAGGAGUAUUGACUUGGUUUUGGCUGCCAGCAGAGAGUACUUUAACUCUUCCACUAACCUGACUGACAGCUGCAUGGAUCUGGCCAGGUGCUGCUUAGAGCUGAUGACAGACAGGCCUGCUGCCAUUCAAGAGGAGUUAGACCUUAUCGAGGCCCUUGGUUAUCUUGAAGAAUUUGGCGUAAAGAUCUUGCCUUUGCAAGUGCGCUUGUGUUCUGAUCGCAUCACCCUCAUCAAGGAAUGCAUUUCCCAGUCUUCCACCUCCUACAAACAGUCUUUAAAGCUUCUAGAUCUUGCCGAGUUACUAAGGGUUGCAGGUGAAGAUGCAGAGGAACGGCGUGGGCAGGUUCUUAUUCUUCUGGUAGAGCAGGCACUUUAUGUUCAUGACUACAAAGCAGCCAGUAUGCAUUGUCAGGAGCUGAUGGCCGCAGGAUAUUCAAAGAGUUGGGAUGUUUGUAGCCAGUUAGGACAAUCAGAAGGUUACCAGGACUUGGACACUCGUCAGGAGCUCAUGGCAUUUGCUUUGACACAUUGCCCUCCUAGCAACAUUGAACUUCUUUUGGCAGUGAGCAGUUCUCUACAGGCACAAAUUCUUUAUCAAAGAGUGAAUUUCCAGAUCUCUCCUGAAGGAGGAGAAAAUGCCGGUGUCUCACCUGUAGUUAGUAAAGUGCUAAAAGAGGAUGAAGUGAGUGCUGCAGACAGAAAUUCAGCUGACCUCUUACACUGGACUACUGCUACCACCAUGAAAGUUCUUUCUAACACAACAACUACUACCAAAGCUGUGCUGCAGGCCAUCAGCAAUGGGCAAUGGUGGAAGAAGUCUUUAGCUUACCUCCGACCCCUCCAAGGGCCAGAAUUUGGUGGUACAUAUCCAAUGGGAACUGGAGCCAAUGAAGACAUAGAAAAACAAGGGUGUCAUCCCUUUUAUGAAUCUGUCAUCUCUAAUCCCUUUGUCACUGAGCAGGUCCCAAUAGAAAGCUUUGCUGAAGUAUUGCUGAGAACUGGGAAGCUGGCAGAGGCUGAAACAGAAGGAGAAGUAUUUCCAACCACAGAAGUUCUCUUACAACUAGCAAGUGAUGCUUUACCAAAUGACAUGACCUUGGCUCUUGCUUAUCUUCUUGCCUUACCACAGGUACUAGAUGCUAACAAGUGCUUUGAGAAGCAGUCUCACUCGGCAUUGUCUCUCCAACUGGCCGCAUAUUACUACAGCCUACAGAUCUAUGCCCGAUUGGUCCCAUGCUUUAGAGACAAGUGCCAUCCUCUUUACAGGGUUGAUCCCAAAGAGCUAAUCAAGACAGUCACCAGGCAUGUGGCUCUACAUGAACAUGCAACUUGGCCUGAGGACCUUAUGUCACUAACCAAGCAAUUACACUACUACAAUGAGCGUCUCCUGGAUUUCACUCAAGCUCAGCUCCUCCAGGGCCUGCGGAAAGGUGUGGAUGUGCAGCGGUUCACUGCAGAUGAUCAGUAUAAGAGAGAAACCAUCCUUGGCCUGGCAGAAACCCUUGAAGAGAAUGUCUACAGCAUCGCCCUUUCUCUGGCACAACGGUACAGUGUCUCCCAGUGGGAAGUCUUUAUGACCCAUUUGGAGUUCCUUUUCAGUGAUAGUGGUUUAUCUACAGAAGAAAUAGAAAAGCGUGCCCAGACCCUUCAUCUCUUUGACACUUUGAAGACUGAUCCUGAAUCCCUUCAUAAGCAUAUGGUCAAGUAUGUUUACCCCACUAUUGGUGGUCUCGACCAUGAACGGCUGCUGUACUAUUUCACUCUUCUGGAACACUGUGGCUGUGCAGACUUUGGGGAAAGUAUCAUGAAACCUGAAACCCACAUUCGGCUGCUGAAGAAAUUCAAAGUAGUUGCAUCAGGUCUUAAUUAUAAGAAGUUGACAGAUGAAAACAUGAAUCCUCUUGAAGCACUGGAGCCAGUGCUGUCAAGUCAGAACAUCUUAUCUAUUUCCAAACUUGCUCCCAAAAUCCCUGAGAAGGGUGGGCAGAUGCUUUCCCCAAGCUCUGUAUAUACCGUCUGGCUACAGAAGUUGUUCUGGACUGGAGACCCUCACCUCAUCAAGCAGAUGCCAGAGUCCUCGUCAGAGUGGCUUCAUGCCUAUGGUAUCUGCCUGAAGUACUUUGAUCGCCUCUGCCCAGGUGACCUCAUCACUGUGGUGGAUGCAAUUACCUUUUCUUCAAAGGCUGUGACUAAGCUAUCAGUGGAAGCACGUGAAGAGAUGACUAGAAAGGCCAUUAAGAGCGUCAGUCACUUCAUGGAGAAACUGAGGAAAAGAAAUUCUGAAGAAGGCAUGCAAGAAGCUUCUGACUUGAAGGUUACCUAUGCAGAUGCUCUGCAUCACCUGGAGAAAUCUCUUGCUCACCUUGAGACCCUCAGCCAUAGCUUCAUUGUUUCUCUAAAGAACAGCAAGCAGGAAACACUGCAGAAAUAUAGUUACCUCUAUGAUCUGUCCCGAUCAGAAAAAGGGAAACUUCAUGAUCAAGCAGUGGCCAUGUGUUUAGAUGGUCAACCUCUGAGAAUGAUUCAGCAGCUGCUAGAGGUGGCUGUCGGUCCUCUGGACAUCUCACCCAAGGAUGUAGUAUACUGUGCAAUCAUGAAAAUUAUUUCUGCCCUAAGUGGUAGCAGUGCAGACCUCACUGGGCCAAAGGACCCCCUGCAGGUCCUGGAAGGUGUGGUUGCUGCAGUCCAUGCUAGUGUGGACAAGGGAGAGGAGCUGGUGACUGCUGAGGACCUGCUGGAGUGGCUGCGGCCUUUCUGCGCUGAUGACACGUGCCCCGUGAGGGCCCGCAUCCAUGCACUGCAGAUCUUGGGGCGGUCCUUCCACCUGAGUGAGGACGACAGCAAGCUCCUGGUAUUCUUCAGAACAGAAGCCAUUCUCAGGACCGCAUGGCCACAGAGACAGGUGGACAUAACUGACAUUGAGAACGAAGAGAACCGUUGCUCUCUAUUCAUGGAACUCCUAGAAUCUAGUUACCAUGAAGAUGAAUUUCAGCACCUGAUUUUGCUCUUGCAAGCUUGGCCACCCAUGAAAAGUGAAUAUGUUAUAGCCAGUAAUCCCUGGGUGAGACUGGCAACAAUGAUGCUGACCAGAUGCACAGAGGAGAACAAGGAGGAACUAGGGAAUGAAGUGUUGAAGAUUUGCCGCUGUCUGUAUAACACCGAGCAGAUGCUGCCUGUGGAGGCCGUGAAGGAGCUGUGCCUGCUGCUGCUUCACCAGUCCCUGCUGCUGCCAUCCCUGAAGCUUCUGCUCGAGAGCCAAGAUGAAACUCUACAGGCCAUGGCCCUGCAGCAAAUCUCAGCUGCCGCUAAGGUGAGUGACUCCAACUGUGACCAGGAGCUGCUUUCCCUGCUCCUGGAUGCCAGGCUGCUGGUGAAGUGUGUCUCCACUCCCUUCUAUCCACGUGUAAUUGGUCACCUCGUGGCUAAUGCCCAGCAAGGCCGUUGGGAUGCUGAGGGGCUGGCCGCAGACCUGCAGGAGGCUGGCCAUGAAGCUGAAGCUGGGUCACUCCUGCUGGCCGUGCGUGGGACUCACCGGGCCUUGAGAACUUUCAAUACAGCCCUCUGCGCAGCACGACACUGGAUGUGAGCACGCCUGCCCGAGCCACAACCCUGCUCUUGGCGGAAGAACUCUGGACCCAGCACCCUUCCAGCCAGCAGCACUGGAGCUGCAGCGUAUUCUCAGUCCUCUAAGUUGCAAAUAAAGCUGUGUCUAACUGA